CACUGUAAUGAAAAAGCCAGAGAAGGAAGUUUCAGAGUUAUGUGCGUUUGACGUGGCGGCGGACUGUGUUAAGACUAAAUCAGAGAUAGACAAACAGACAGAGAGUGAGAGAAAGAGAGAGGGAGGGAGGGAGGUGUGACUCAGGACAGGGACGUGCUGUGUAGUUAGAUUUUCACAUUACUCAAACACUUCUAGGAAACUUUGAACACGUAAACAGCUGAUCUGAGGAUAGACUUACUUGGAGUGGAUUAUUAAAAACAGCCAAAAACGAAGUGAAACCCAUCAGCCAAACUCUAAUAUCUUGGCUCGAUUGUCUCAGCAUGCAGUUUUAACUUAUCUUCAAGUUAAUCUCGAGCCUGAAGUCACGAUGAGGACGAAGACACUGAACUUGUUUAACAAGGUUCUCAUGCCCCUCCUGGAGAUAGCUGUUUGGACAAAAAUGCUGUAGGACCAUUUUCGGAAAUUUCAGUCCUCAGCCAAAAUGUUCCUGUCUGGAUGGUUCAUUUUUUGCAUUUUACUGACUCUACGCAUGUGCGCCUGUGGUCCGGAGAUUGUUAGAUAUGACAGCGAUGGAGUCAUUUGCUUGCAGGGUCUCUCUGAUUGCACCAUGAAGGAUGCGAUACCUCUUAUUGUGGCGGGGAAUAGCGCCGUGGAUAUCCAAAACCUGACUCCAUAUUUCAAGCUCUGCUGCAGGGACCAGGCGCCGUGUGUUUUAUGUCUGGUGAUAGAAGCAGAGAUUAACAUCAUACUGGACAAAGACAUGGAGGAUGAAGGCCACUCUGGGCAUGAUGAAGAGGAUUAUACUAAGGAGAUGGAGAGGAAUCCAAAAGCGUCUGUGACAGUGUGUUACGGUGCAAUUUCGUGCAUGCCCACAUGCAAGAAGGUGGAGUUUAUGGUUAAUCACACAGCUCUUACUCAGCAAAACCAGCCAAAGUUUUCCAUUGUGAUCAGUGAGCCCGCGGGGGUUUCCUUCAGCAGUCAUGUGAUGGUUUAUUCCGCUAAACAGUCACAUCUAAGUCAAGAAAUUGUUGCUCCCUCUCUAGAUGAAGUGUGCCCGAAGCUGCAGGAACGUGUACAAGAGUGUCGUGUGCCCAGAUUCAGCAGCGUAAUUAAUACAGAGAUGAAUCGGGUGGAGCUGCAGUUUGCUGGCAGGAAUGAAAGCCUCCCCUCUGUGUGCGUCCAGUACGAGAGAAAUGGAAUAUGUCAGAAAUGGAACAGGAUGACCAUCCCACUGAACUCUGUGACUCCCUGCAUGUGUCUCCAGGUGUGGGAUGAGGAUGGUCAGAGGUCGAGACGCACUCUAAGCUGCCCCUUCGUGAACACAUCUUUCCUCAAAAAUAACGUGUGGCAGAAUGUGUCAGUGUCUCUGAGCCGAGGUCAAAUGCACAACCGGCAGAGCAUGCUGUCCUGGAACCUGUCUGCCCCCUGCAGGCUGGAGGGUGAAGUGUGGCCCUGCGUCAAAGAGAACAGCUGCAGGGAGAUGAAGGGCUUCAGGCAGCAGCUGGGGAGUGGCACAUGGACACAAAACAACAAGGGACUGUGGGAAAUAACAGGGGUGUUUGAAAACAUUGACCUUCAGCUCUCACCAUGUGUGAUGGUAAAAGUACAGGGAAUGGGAGAUGACCGAGAUCCAGUCUGUUUCACAAACUCUGACAGGCACCGGUGGAGUCUCCUGGUUGUUGGUGUCAUACUGCUGUUGUGCUUGACUGUGCUCAUAGUUUAUCUCCUUUGUGACUUUGUCAAGAAAUGGGUAUGGAGCUGUCGGCACGGCGGCUUAGUAAAAAUUGGCAGAAAGGGUCACGUGGUGCUGCUGAGCCCCCCAGAUGUGGAUGAUGUUGUUUCGGAGUCAGUGUGUCGACUCGGCCUCCAGCUUCGUAACCAGGGCUUCAGUGUGUCUGUGGACCAGUGGACAAGAAAGGAGCAGUGCACUAUGGGGCCUCUGCCAUGGCUGCACUCCCAGCUACUGGAGCUGAACAGCCAGGGCGGCCGAGUUGUGCUCGCCCUGACUCGCAAAGCCUUGGAGAGAGCAGAGGAGUGGACCCUCCGGAGCAAAGAGGUUAUCAAAACGAAGGGAGAAGACAGGGGUCUCCCUCAGAUUUGCUCACCUUACUCUGACAUGUUCACGGCCUCGCUGUGCCUCAUCCAUGCCAACAAGCAGGUGGGCAGAGCCGGAGAACGUUUUCUUCUGGUGAACUUUGACUCCCAUCCGACCAGUGACAGGAGUCUACCAGAGCUGCUUCAGGGGCUGCCCCUGUUCCAGCUUCCCUCUCAGACUCAGGCUUUCCUGUGCGAGCUCACUGUGGGAGGGACGAGGACGGUGUCAGGCAGGACAUGGACAGGGUGGAAGUGGAAUCCUCCAGAUGGAUGGAGAAUAAAGACUGAAAAGGGACUAAACAAGAACUCACACUGUAAAUAUGUUGGAGAUGAGGAAAACUUGGAGACAAAGCCUUUGAAGCGCAUGUAAAUUAUUCUUGUUAUUGCUGCUCCGUGCAUAUGAAGGAAGCGUUCGUUCAAACUGUGGAUGAAAUAAACUGGCCGUUAUAGUAGGCUGGCUGGCAGUGAUCUUUAUUGUUAUUACGCCUGGCAGGGAUCAUGUAUGAUUGGUGCACUAUGUGUAUGUUCAUCUGUCUGUCUGCAGCUAGUCUUGAAUACUACUGGACCCACUAUUUUGUGUCUGCAUUGCUCCACAACACUGGUUCCCAACUGGUGGGUCACAGGCCCAUUUUGAAUGGACCUAAAGUGACUCGCAACCAUAUCGAGUUUGUGAAGAACUGUCUUUUUUUUUCUUUUACACAAAUUGUCGUUGAGCCUACCUCAGUGACCCAGGGAAAAUGCAUGUGUUUGUCCCACAUGAUGUGGUGAUGAGGGCCAUCUGAAAUUUGAAAA